UAUACCUUAUUUCAAUUCGGUCUUCUUGUUUCUUGAUUUCGUACCCUAAAAAUUUCUCUGCAAAAACCCUAACUUUGUCUACAUUAAAACCAAAACCAAUGGCCCCUAAGCGCUCAACUCCGUUAGAAGAUCCACCAGCUGCUUCUUCCUCUGAAGAAGAGGAGGAAGGAACCUCUAGCGGUGAAGAAGAGGAAGAGGAGGAGGAAGAAGAAGGAUCUUCCUCUGAAGAAGAACAAGAGACACAGAAGCCACAGACACAAAUCGUAACCCCAAAACCACCACCAAAACAACCCGAGUCCGAGUCAGAAUCUGAAUCCGGAUCCGGAUCCGAAACUGAUGAUGAUGAAAAACCCAAGAAGGCUCCUAAUUCUACUGUCAAACCUAUUGCUUCCAAGCCCAUGGAAGAAACCCCACCAAAAACCACCAAACCCAGGUCCAAACCCGCCCCGAAACCAACGACGGCAGCUGCAGCAGGGAAGAGAGCCAGUGAGGUUGACCGUGAGCCGAAGGACUCGAAACGGGCAAAAAAGAAGGAUCCGGAGUCCGAUGGAGCUGUUACUGCUACUGCUGAGAAGUCGGAGGAUACAAAGAAACAGCUUUUUCAAAGACUAUGGAGUGAGGAUGAUGAGAUUGUUGUGUUAAAAGGUAUAAUUGAUUUUAUUGAAAAAAAAGGAGUUGAUCCUGCAAAGGAUAUUAUUUCCUUUUUUGAUUAUAUUAAGAAAUCACUGCACUUUGACGUGUCUUUAAAUCAGUUGAAGGAUAAAAUUUGGAGAUUGAAGAAGAAAUUUGAGAAUAAUGUUAAAGGUAAAAAAGGUGAAGAUAAGACAUUUAGCAAGUCUCACGAUCAAAAGUCUUUUGAUCUGUCGAAAAAGAUUUGGGGUACUGAUGGAAUUAUCGGUGCCUCGGAUUCAAGCAUUAAGCCUAAUGGAAAGGCCAAAAAGGCUACGAAUAAUAAUGCUAAGAGUUUGGUUGCAUUGAAGGCUGAAUUAGGUAUGGAUGUUGAUAAGGAGAAUGAGAAAGUUGAUAAGAUGGAUGUUGAACUCGAGAACCAUUCCAGUCUGAAACAGUUUGAUAGGGGUGUGGGUGUUUCAGGAAUGGAGGAUUACGUGAUCAAAAGGGGGUUGGAUAUGGUUCAGGGAGCUAAAAAGGCUGAGAUGGAAGAGAAAUGGAGGAAGCUGCAUGUAGCCGAGUUGGAGCUUUUUCUUAGGAGGAAUGAGUUAACAAGAGAGCAGGCAAAGCUGAUGUUGGCCUCGUACAAGAAUGAGCAGGAUUGAUUAGCCUUUUGGAAAGGUAUAAAUUGUGUUUGUUUAUGUUGUUCUAAGUUAUUAAUUGUUUCUGUUGUUUAGGAUUUGGUAAUUAUGGAGAUUUUUAGUAUUAAUUUUCUUAGCUAACUUUCAUCUUUUCAUAAUGUUUACUCUUCGUGCUUGUUUAUUGUUGUUUUAAGGAAUUUAAUGUCUAUUUUUCUCUCAAGAUUAUGAAUAAUCUACCAAGUGGUUAUCGUA